CAGAACCCGCACCUCCCCUUCGGACGGCUCCGGAAAUUCAGUCCUCGGGCGCGUGUCUCCGCGAGCUUCUCCCGCCCCCAAGAUCAAAACUGAGAAUCGCUACCGGGUCCAUGCAGCCGGAGCCCGCGCCCGCCCGCUCUCCGGGGACCCGGCAGGACUCCACACCGCCCCGCACGUCCCCCAUGCCGCCCCCGGCGUCCCCCUGCGAGGGCCAGCAGCCCGGCCCGGACCGCAGCCCCACGGAGCAAACGGCGGAGGAGGAGUUCCGGUUCCUGCGCUGCCAGGGCUGCCAGGCCGAGGCCAAGUGCCCGAAGCUGCUGCUCUGCCUGCACACACUGUGCUCGGGAUGCCUGGAGCCCGCGGACAGGCCGUGCCCCGUCUGCCCGGCGGCCCUUCCUCCCGCCGCCGCGGGCCCGGCCCUGGACAACGUCUUCUUUGAGAGUCUGCAGCGGCGCCUGGCCGUGCACCGGCAGAUUGUGGACGCGCAGGCCGCCUGCACCCGCUGCAAGGAGCCGGCGGACUUCUGGUGCUUCGAGUGCGAGCAGCUCCUGUGCGCCAAGUGCUGCGAGGCGCACCAGUGGUUCCUCAAGCACGAGGCCCGGCCCCUGGCGGAGCUCCGCGGCCAGGCCGUGGGCCAGUUCCUGGACGCCACGCGCAAGUCCAACAACAUCUUCUGCUCCAACUCCAACCACCGCAGCCCCACCCUGACCAGCAUCUACUGCCGAGGCUGCUCCAAGCCGCUGUGCUGCUCUUGUGCGCUCCUGGACAGCGGUCACAGUGACCUCAAGUGCGACAUCGCCUCAGAGAUCCAGCAGCGGCAGGAGGAGCUGGACACCAUGACGCAGGCAUUGCAGGAGCAGGACAGCGCCUUCGGCGGGGCGCAGACGCAGAUGCGGUCAGCCGUCAGCCAGCUGGGGCGCGUGCGCACCAACAUGGAGGAGCUGAUCCGCUCUCGCGUGCGCGAGCUCGUAGCCCACGUGCUGGCGCAGGAAAAGGAGCUGCUGGAGGCAGUGAACGCGCGGUAUCAGAGCGAGUACGAGAAGAUCGCGGGCCAGCUGGGCCAGCUGGACGCCGUGCUGCAGCGCAUCCGCACGGGCAGCGUGCUGGUGCAGAGGAUGAAGCGCUACGCCUCGGACCAGGAGGUGCUGGACAUGCACGGCUUCCUGCGGGAGGCGCUGCGCCGCCUGCGCCAAGAGGAGCCCCGGGGCCCGCAGGCCGCGGUGCGCACGGACAGCUUCGAAGAACUCAAGGAGCGCCUGCAGGACCUCGCCUCGUGCAUCACCCAGGGGACGGGUGCAGCUCCACCCAGGAGAGCCGGCCCAGGGGCUACCAGCACUCCCAGGGAGCCUGCUGACGUUGAUCUGCCAGCAGGGGCACAGAUAGCUCAGGUGCAGGCCCUGGGGCUGGCUGAGGCUCAACCCGUGGCCGUGGUACAGUCGGUGCCUGGGACACACCCUGUGCCAAUGUAUGCCUACUCCAUCGAAGACCCCUCCUGUAGAGAGGAGGUCUCCAACACAGCCACGCCACAGAAGAGGAGGAAGUCCUGCCAGACCGAGUGCCGCAGGAAGGUUAUCAAGAUGGAGUCCGAGGAGGAGAAGGAGGCCAGGUUGUCCCUGAGCUCCCCCGAGCAGCCCAGGCCCAGCACCUCCAAGGCAGUCUCACCUCUGCCCCUGGAGGGGUCCCAGAGCCCUGAGAGCCACUCCGCAGGAAAUGAGGAAUUACUGCUCAACAGCAACCAUGAGACUGGCGACUCUGGGGAGGCAGAGGAGCGCAUUGUGGUGAUCAGCAGCUCCGAGGACUCAGAUGCUGAAAACUCGUCUUUCCGAGAGCUGGAUGACAGCAGCAGCGAGUCCAGUGACCUUCAGCUGGAGGGCCCCAACUCCCUCAGGGUCCUGGAUGAGAGCCUCACAGACCUCCAAUCAGAAGUCAGGCCCCUGGUUUUCUUUGACCUCAAGAUUGACAAUGAAACCCAGAAGAUUAGGCAGCUGGCAGCCGUGAACCAGGAGAGCAAAUUCCGAGUGCUCAUCCAACCAGCGGCCUUCAGCGUCUACUCCAAGGCUGUCUCCCUGGAGGUGGGGCUACAGCACUUCCUCCGCUUCCUGCGCUCCAUGUGCCGGCCCAUCCUGGCCUGCUACAAGCUGUGGGGGCCCGGCCUCCCCAACUUCUUCCGGGCCCUGGAAGACAUGAACAAGCUAUGGGAGUUCCAGGAGGCCAUCUCCGGCUUCCUGGCCACUCUGCCCCUCAUCCAGGAGCGAGUGCCCCAGGCCAGCAGCUUCAAACUCAAGAGUUUGGCCAAGACCUACCUGGCAAGAAACAUGAGUGAACACAGUGCACUGGCCGCUGUGCUGACCAUGCGUGACCUGUGCCGCCUCCUUGAGGUCUCCCCGGGCCCCCAGCUGGCCCCGCAUUUCUACUACUUCAGCAGCCUGCAGUGCUUCGCAUCCCUGCAGCCCCUGGUGCAGGCAGCCGUCCUGCCCCGGGCCGAGGCCCGCCUCCUGGCCCUCCACAACGUGAGCUUCAUGGAGCUGCUGACUGCACACAGUCGAGACCCACAGGGGGGCUUGAAGAAGUACAGUCGGUAUCUACAGGCCACUGCAUCGCCCCCUGCACAGCCUGCUCUCAACUUGCAAGCUAUGAGUACCUACUUCAAAAGCCUGAUGGAAAGGCCAGCCUUGGCCGAGGGAGAAGGCAUCUCUACCCCUCUUGCUAGCCACAGGUUGGCCCAAAGGGCUUCCCAGAACAGCUGAGAUGAGGGGAUGACUGACUUAGAAUCUCUGGGGACAGAGGGAUGUUGUCCUUCAGCCAGGCCCUGCUCAUCACAGCAUUCCCAGAACCUGGUCCCUAAUACUCAGCUGACAUUUGGUCCAGAAUUAGGUCUUGUUCUCUGGGACCAAAUUCCCCUUCUCUAAAAAUCCCACAGAGAAGGAUUCAAGGCCAAGCAGCCACCCCCUGGAGCUACCAGAUCCCUGAUGCACCAGUGAGUUAACUCACCAGGCCGUUGGCCCCUCCCUUGCAGGAGCCAGAACCAGGGAGGUCCUGGGUGAAGAAACAUGGCCUUGCCAUUUUCUGUCCCUGUAGCUCCUCCCUGACUCCCAGCCACUGCCCAGAGGACCUGCCAACAGCCCCCGUGGACACCACCUGCAACACCAGUGGCCACACAGGUACUCAAAGUGCCUUUCAAACUAAACUGCCCCUCAUGAGCUUGGGUUCUCCCAGCCUCUGCCUGCCUGCAGGCUGGCUCUGUCCUCUUCCCUCAUAUCUGCAGAGACAGAAGCUGCUGUGCCAUGCCUGUGCCCACUUCCCUCCACACUUGCUUCCUUCCUCUUGGCCACACAAACAUUCUCCUUAGGCCAGGCUUUGCCCAUUUGGUCCUCAGGCUACUGACCCCUCUCAGCAUGGCCCUUGGCCAUGUCUGCACUGCCUGCCUCAGC